AUGGUCUCCAUCAAAGCUCUCGCCUUCUACCUUGCCACCAUGGCCGUCGCCGUCUCAGCAGCUCCUGCCGCAGCGGUCAAAUCUGUUACUACCGCCGAUACCGUCAUCGCCGACAUCAACAGUAUCGAUGUUCAAGUCAAUGUCUUGAUCGGUGCCAUCGCCGGCGUGAAGGAGAAAACUCUCGAUUCCUCUACCGUAGACGUCGACUUCACAACCCUCCACCUCGCAAAUCAGCAAGGAGUCACCGAUGCAGCUGUCGAGACCCCAGCAAGUUCAGAGGAUUCCAGCCGUGUCGUAGCCACCAUCGAGACCACUUUGUCUAUUGACAUCCCCGACGCUAUCACCGCUUUGGAAGCCAAGAAGGAAUUCUUCACAAGUGAUCAAAGAACAGUUGUUCUCGCGUGGUUGGUAGUCUUACAGAGUGACUACAAUACUUUCGGUGAACUCUUGAUUGAGAGAACCUCCGAGGAUGUCAUCCCCAGAGCUGAAGCGGCCGCUAAGCUUAUCGGUGAUGCGAUCUCUGCCGGUAUCGCUUAUUACUCUUCUUAA